GUGGAUCUGGAUCUGUCCACUCUGCCUCCGACCACCGCCAUGGCAGUGAUCAUCUACAACCGCUGGGCCAUCAGAACCAUCGUGCUGAGCAGCUUUCCAGAGAAACAAACCAAACCAGGACCUCAUCAGAUAAACAUGUUAAAUAUCGUUCAGCAGGAGAAAGAAAUGACAGAAAACAUCCUGACUGUGCUGAAGGAGCAGGCGACCGACUCCAUCACUGUCCUGGAAGGAGCUCUGCAGCUGAAGAAGGACUUCUACGUCCACACUCUGAGGACUCUGGACCUGCUGGCCGCUGACGCUGCCGCUAACGGAGAAACCGAAUCCUCCACAGCCGGGCUUCGAAUCAGCGCCGAUGACCUGCACUGUCAGGUGCAUCAUGAUCUGGGAGGUAUUUUCUUCCAACAAGGCUGCACCGACCAGCCAACCUAUGAGAAGGCCAGAGAUCACUUCAGACAGACCAAGGAGCUCUUGAAGAAGCUGGACUCGACCGUCCACGUCCACCUGGACGAGAAGCGUCUGGCCGGUUACUGGAACGCCUGCAGAGCUCUGACCGGAGACUGUGACCCCUGCGACCCCCAGACGACCCCCUACGACCAGAUCAACAGCCUGAUCCGAGCCCACAACCACCAGGCCGUCAUGGAAGCCUUCAUCAAAGACAACGUGUCCCGCAGUUUACCGAACCGCUUCAGACGCUCGGUUCUCAGAGAGUUCUUGUACAAAGUCCAGCAGGGCCUUCAGGUCAUCUAAAUUCAUGUAUCCCUGCUUUUCUCCCUAAAGCACCACAGUUAUUAAAACAUCACGCAACACUGGUUCAUAUAGCUCAACAACAAAAUAUAAAAAUAUUUUCUUUACCAUGUUCACACCGGUUUUCUCUCUCAAUAGCAUUAUCCAUCAUGUCAUAUCUAUGUACAUACCCAUAUGUACAUUUAUCAAGCCUCAUCUGUAGAUGUGAAAGGUGUCCAUAGUCUUUAGUUUAUCUUCAUUUGUUGGCUUUAUUGUAACUUAUCUUGACUUGACUCAUCUUGACUUAACUUAUCUUGACUUAAUGGAUCUUGAUUUACCUUGACUUUUCAUAUCUUGACUCAGCUUAUCUUGACUUAUCUUAUAUUGACUUCACUAAUCAAUGUUGUUUUACUUAAAUGUAUUGGCGUCCUGCUG